CGGGGCUGCACCGCGGCGGCGGCGCGGUGGGAUCGGAGGCGAGCCGGGGGAGGGGAGCGGCGGCGGCGGAUCCUCGCGCAGGCGACGAGCGGCUUCUGAGGGCGGCAGCAGGUCGGGGGCUGGGGGCGCGGCGGGCGGCGGCGCCCCGAGCGCAGGUUGGCCCAGCAUGUCAGUCAGCGUCCACGAGACCCGCAAGUCGCGGAGCAGCACGGGGUCCAUGAACAUCACCCUCUUCCACAAGGCCUCGCACCCCGACUGCGUGCUGGCCCACCUCAACACCCUGCGUAAGCACUGCAUGUUCACGGAUGUCACGCUCUGGGCAGGCGACCGCGCCUUCCCCUGCCACCGCGCUGUGCUGGCUGCCUCCAGCCGCUACUUCGAGGCCAUGUUCAGCCACGGCUUGCGGGAGAGCCGAGAUGACACGGUCAACUUCCAGGACAGCCUGCACCCCGAGGUGCUGGAACUGCUGCUUGACUUCGCCUACUCGUCCCGUAUCGCCAUCAACGAGGAGAAUGCCGAGUCGCUGCUGGAGGCCGGCGACAUGCUGCAGUUCCACGACGUGCGCGACGCAGCAGCCGAGUUCCUUGAGAAGAACCUCUUCCCCUCCAACUGUCUGGGCAUGAUGCUCCUGUCGGACGCCCACCAGUGCCGCAGGCUGUACGAGUUCUCCUGGCGCAUGUGCCUGGUGCACUUCGAGACGGUGCGGCAGAGUGAGGACUUCAACAGCCUGUCCAAGGACACCCUGCUGGACCUCGUCUCCAGCGACGAGCUGGAGACGGAGGAUGAGCGGGUGGUCUUCGAGGCCAUCCUCCAGUGGGUGAAGCAUGACCCCGAGCAGCGGAAGGCCCACCUGCCCGAGCUCCUCCGUGGCGUGCGGCUGGCCCUGCUGCCGUCCGACUGCCUGAAGGAGGCCGUCUGCAGCGAGGCCCUGCUCCUGGCGGACGAGCGCACCAGGCUCAUCCUGGACGAGGCCCUCCACUGCAAGAGCAAGAUCCUGCAGAACGACGGCGUGGUCACCAGCCCCUGCGCCCGGCCACGCAAGGCAGGCCACACGCUGCUCAUCCUGGGCGGCCAGACCUUCAUGUGUGACAAGAUCUACCAGGUGGACCACAAGGCCAAGGAGAUCAUCCCCAAGGCGGACCUGCCCAGCCCCCGGAAGGAGUUCAGCGCCUCAGCGAUCGGCUGCAAGGUCUACGUGACCGGGGGCCGGGGCUCUGAGAACGGGGUCUCCAAGGACGUGUGGGUGUAUGACACCGUCCACGAGGAGUGGUCCAAGGCAGCACCCAUGCUGAUUGCCCGCUUCGGCCAUGGCUCUGCCGAGCUGGAGAACUGCCUCUACGUGGUUGGGGGACACACGUCCCUGGCAGGCGUCUUCCCGGCCUCCCCUUCUGUCUCCCUGAAGCAGGUUGAGAAGUACGACCCCGGCGCCAACAAGUGGACGAUGGUGGCCCCACUGAGGGAUGGCGUCAGCAAUGCCGCGGUGGUGAGCGCCAAGCUGAAGCUCUUUGUUUUCGGAGGGACCAGCAUCCACCGGGACAUGGUGUCCAAAGUGCAGUGCUACGACCCCUCGGAGAACCGGUGGACCAUCAGGGCCGAGUGCCCCCAGCCCUGGCGGUACACAGCCGCCGCCGCGCUGGGCAGCCAGAUCUUCAUCCUGGGAGGCGACACGGAGUUCACGGCCGCCUCGGCCUACCGCUUCGACUGCGAGACCAACCAAUGGACGCGGGUCGGGGACAUGACUGCCAAGCGCAUGUCUUGCCAUGCCCUGGCCUCGGGCAAUAAGCUCUAUGUGGUGGGGGGCUACUUCGGGACCCAGAGAUGUAAGACCCUGGACUGCUACGACCCCACCUCGGACACGUGGAACUGCAUCACCACCGUGCCCUACUCACUCAUCCCCACUGCCUUUGUCAGCACCUGGAAGCACCUACCCUCAUGAAAGCCCAGCCAGACUGUGUUUCUCCCCACCCCACUCCGCAGCCCUCGUCAGAGUUGACCUGAUCUGUCUGCUGCAGCGGGAAGCUCAAGUCCACUGCAGGCCAGCCGCACUCCAGAUGGCCAGAAGCCGGCCCCCAAGCUCGGAGCAGUGGCUUCAGGACCAUUCUGAACUUCAGACAGAAGAGAAGCCGCCUCUAGCACCCUGUGCGUCGCCUGAGGCUUUUCUGCCUUGCAGUGGUUUGCAGGGGGGAGGACCUGCCAGAGGGGUGUGGACUGACACCAGGGCUCCUCGGCCUCGGAGAGGACACAUCUGCAGAGCUGUGAGGUCCCCUGUUUCAGCGGCCCGGCAGGGCAGAGCCCCGGGGGUUGGGGGGCCCUGAGGACCCAGCCUGUGACUCAGGGCUUCCCUGGCGGUAUUGGGAUGUCAUCCCACAGAGAAUGACUCAGGUUUCAGGGGAACAAGUUCCUCCAGGACUAAGGCAGAAGUUGCCAAGAAGAAAAUGAAGGACACAUGUGAAGAGCAGAAACCUGUCAGCUGACCUCAGUGACACCCAGACCCCCUGGGUCAGAGGGAACUCCUUUGGGCCCCUCCCCAGAAUCCGGCCUUGCCCUCAGCGACCUGGCCACCUCCCAGGCAGGCCGGCCACACCCCAGGAGGCUGCUCCCCGAUGCCCAGGCCUAACCACACGGCAGGACCCAGGUGAACCCAGGUGACAGUGUUCUUAGACAAGCGGAUGCCCUUGGGCCACCUUGUCUCCUCCCCUCCUCAGAGCCCACCCCAAGAAGCAGCAAUGACCCCCUCUCUUGAUAGGACCACCCUGGCCCUACCUUCCGAGACUAGGAGCAGGUAUGAACUGGAACCGCAGAGGGACUCCAGAGCACCCACUACAGACCACAGCAGGGCUGGAGUCAUCCCGGCGUGGAGGAGGCCACAGGGCCUGGGACUCCCGCCCCCAGCCCCCUGCCAGCACCCACUGCCCUCAGGCACUGUGGCCUUCCAGCUGGCAACUGGAUCUGGCCCAUGUGCCCUUGGAGCUCAAAACCUAAGAAUGGCGGAAACUGGCCAAGCAUUUGCUCCUUCCCUUCCCGAAUCCUGGGGCCUUCCCCCGCGUACCCCGGCUCCCGGGGCCCUGGAGAGCCGGCUGCUUUGCUGUAGGUGCUGCGCAGCAGCUGCCCGGAAGCCACGCGCCUCUGGUCCCGGGGGAGGCUCCGCUGGGGCCCGGGAGGCCCGGCCCGGGAGGGGGCUGCCCUGGCGCCCGGGUUCGCAGGCCCUGCUGUGGGGUUAGGCCUGUUGGAUGGCCGAGUGGGCACAAGCACACUUCUCACAGCACAAAGAACCUCGAAGCGGUACUUCCCCAGGAUUUGUGUUGCUUUUAUCCGUUUCUAACUUAAUAAAGAGAAAAACAUUUC